UCCUCCGCCAGGGCGAACGCCACGUCGCCGCUCGUCCUAACCUCACUCUCUCGGUUCACUUCCCCGUGUGAAAUCCGAUUUUUAUGACCCAACAGUGACAUUCGAUACCGAAUCGGUCCCUAAUUUCUCGUUCGUUCAGUGUGUUCAAUUGUGUCCCCGGUCGCUUUCGCGUUAUCGGAGUGUUUUCCAGGUCGGAGCCGCCGAAAAUCCUAGCGCGCGCGCUAACGGUGCCGAAGUGAACGUACCGUGACGAAUAGGAAUCUCUCUCCGUUUCGGACUUCUGCUUUGAAAUGUGCGACGUUGUCACGUCACCCGCGGGUCGGUAGAUCGUGACGGCCGUUGUUGUCGCGGUUCGGCGUAAUCAGCGCGAAGUCACAAUGGAUCAAGAACUCGCGAAAAGCGAGAAGCGCCUUCAGCUUCGUGAGGUGAACCCUUACCUCAUUUGUGUCCUGUGUGGCGGCUACUUCGUUGAUGCCGCCUCCAUCGUUGAAUGUCUGCACACGUUCUGUUGGACAUGUAUCGUCAAGUAUCUUGAAAAGAACAAAUUCUGCCCGAUCUGUGAUGUGCAAGCUUACAAGACAAAGCCUCACCUAAGUAUCAGGCCCGACUACACCAUUCAGCGUCUGACGUACAAAAUGGUGCCCGGUCUUUUCGCGAAGGAGAUGAAGCGCAGGAAAGAAUUCUAUCUAAGCUCGGACCCUCCGCCCACGGCGGUCAAUUUGCCACCCUCGGCCUUUUAUUCACCCGACGACAACAUCAGUUUAUCUUUGGAAUACUACGAGGCAGGGAUGAAUAACAAUGAUGAAAAAUGCCGCCAAGCCGGAGAUGAGCAUGAUUCCUUGAAAAUGAAAUUGUUGCCGCACAAACGAUAUCUUCAAUGCCCGGCUGCUGUGACGAUAAAUCAUUUGAAGAAGUUCGUGCGAAUGAAGUACGGACUAGCUGCCGAACAAAUGGUCGAUAUUAUAUACCAAGAAGAAUGUCUUCCAGAAGAUUUCAGCUUGAUGGAUGUUGCUUACACUUUUAUGUGGGAUCGGACUACCCCCAUGAGAUUCAGCUAUAGAAUCCUUGAGCGAGCAGCUGUGCCUGCUGAAUCAAACAGUGACAUAAAUGGUGCGCACGGUUACUCAGCUUCAAAGAAUGAUUUUAAAAGGAAUAGCUGGCCCCGAAAUGGUCCCAAUUCGAGCUCAGAGAGUGGAACAACAAACACAACUAAUGGGAGACAGCUAAGAGGAAAUGUAUUUUCCAAGCGGAAGUCGGAUUCUGGAAAUGAGUCGAACGAAGCGAGUACCAAAGAUGAAGCUGAUGAAUUAGAUGAUUUAUCUCUAGUUAAGAGAUUAAGAAUGAAUGCAAGGCAAACAAGAUCUUCUAAUAAGAAAGCAUCUCCCCGUCGGCGGAGUAGAAGCACAUCGACCAAACGAAAAAAGCAGAAAAAGACCGCGAUAGAAUCAGACGCUUUGUCAGGUUACUCUUCUGCUACCUCACCUGAUUACCCCAGUUCCAGUGUUCCUAGUAAUGUAGACGAAAUGGACUCAUUUGAUGACGACGCUAAGUAUGAAGAUGACAUCGAAGAAAUUACGGAUGACUUUGACGACGAUGAUGAUGAGGGACGACUUUGGAUAUCCCCGACAGAAGAUGAAACGAAAGACAAAGAUUCUGAAGUAACUUCUCAAGAAAGCUCCGGGGAUAUUGAUAUGGAUGAUGACGAAAAGAUGGUCAUUGAUCCCUCAGAGGAAAUCGACGACCGAUCAGAGGUCAAAGUUAAAAAGAAAAGCAAGAAAGGAAAGCAUCAUCAUCACCAUCAUCACCAUCAUCGCCACACCAAGAAAACUCCUCCUGCGACUAUCUUAAAGUCUGAAAGCAAUGAUAUUAUGAAACUGAAAGUGAAACUUAAUCCAAUAAUUGCCUGCGAAAAGUACGAUAAGCCGUCCAAGUCGUCAAGUAAAUCAAGAACAGUGGGUGAGGUUGUUCCCAUGUACAGUAGUAAUUCCAGAUUAACAGCAGAUUCCGCAAAUGAUAGUAAAUCGAACGCCUUUAACAACAACGCUGGUAUCACUAACGUUUCAAACAAACUCAGUAAUAAAACUAAUGAACGACGGAAAAGUACGGAUAGAAGUUGUUCCAAAAUUAGUAGUAGUAGUGAUAUUUCUAGUAGUACCUCUAGAUUAAAGAGUGGCAGUUGCAAUAGUAGUAAGGAUUAUGAUAACAUAGCGCACAAUUCGUUUGCUGAUGAUAGCUCUCAAGGCUCCCGCGUCUCGGAAGAAAAUGCCGAGUUGAAACGUGCGAUGGAUGUAAUUAAUGAAGAUCUCGAAUGUCAAGAAGUGGCCUCCAAAGUGGCUGAUGCAAAAGUACCCAAAGUACCAGAAAAGUCAUAUCGACCACCGAGCUUACCUCAAUCCCUACCAAAUUCCACUUCCUUUACCAGGAAGUCGAGUCCUACCCCUCUCAUCUUCACCACCUGUGAUUCUAAUUCGAGUCGUUCUAAAUCUCCUUUGCUACACCCCCCUUCAUCAAUAACUGUGAGCAAAAUAACUGCGGCUGAAAAACGUAAGUUGGACGAAGACAAACUUCUGAAUAAUAACCAGGAUCCGAAAGCGGCAGAUAAUCUGAGACCAUCCCUAGAGAUAAUGUUGGUCAAUGGCCCAAAAAUGCAAAGCUUUUUCAACGUUGACAGUAAAAAAGAUGCGUCAAGACUGAAAGGAAAUAAUGGCCAAACUGUAAAAUCUUCAAUCCCAGCCUCGCACUGUACAUCAGUAUCAACCUCUGUUUCUUCCUCAUCCUCUGCAUCCCUUUCAACUUCACCUCUAGUCCGUCUACAGAAAAUGAGUAUCAACCUACCCUCUGUAACAGUAACUCACUCAACAAGCACCUCCAAGACUACAAAUACAUCGAAGACUGUCGUACAAAAUAAAAACGAGCCAUGCAUUCAAGCAGGGAGCAUCGAAAUAUCACUCCAGAAAGAAAAUACAGCACCAACGCGGAUUGAGAAUCGAGACAUGAAGAAAACUGACGGUCAAAAGAAAGGGACUGUCGGAAGCACAGGUGCUCUUGACCUUUCACCAACAAGCCAGUUAACGAGACCCUCCGUUUCUGGUGCCUCCUCUGGAACUGUCCAUACUUCCUCCUCAACAAAUCAUUCCAAUAUCACACUCAAAAGGCCCAAAAGUGUCCCACCGGUAUGCAUCAAGCCGCAAGUGAAUAAAAUUCCACCCCAACUUAAUACAGGCAAAGUCGGAUCUACAAAUGGACCGAAAUCAAUACCAGUCUCUAUGCAAAAUCUAACCGUCCUCUCAAAUGCUGCAGCACACCUAGCUGCAAAAUCUCAACAGGAUCAAAGAAAUACAAUUCAAAUCAACGGAAAUUCUAGCCCCAGCAUAAAGUCUGCUCAAAAUCCUCAGAUUUUGCCGGCUUCCCCAUCGCCGAAGAAUAAUCAUUCUGUGAGCAACUUGAACAAUUGCUUGCAACAGAAUAUGUCCCUGAAAAUUCCCUCUUUGCAACAGCGACCAAUUAAAAACCCCAGUUUCAAACAAGAUAACUCGCCAGUUAGGUCGAAGCCUAUGAACAUGCCGAAGCUAAAUGAGAUAGACCGUAAACAGUUCAUUCGACCGGCACCGCAUGGGAAUAAUAGUAGUGGCAUUAACACAACAAAGCCAGGGCAGAAUCAGUUUGUGAGGCACAUAACGGAUCCUUCGGUCAUGAUUUAUGCACGUCAACAAAAUGCAAGCGUGGUAUCCGGGAAUCAUUCAUCCUCUGGUAAUUCUAUGUCCAAAAAAUUCGUCAGCGGAAAUAAUGGGCGACUCUCCUCCCCGCCAGGAGUUAUUCCAAUUGCAUCCAUGUUUCGUCAGGGUGGUAUCGCCCGGGAAAUCGAGAAAGUUAGCGCUGGUUUACAAAUGAAGACAACUGUGAAUAAAGAACUAACCAGCGUCAAAUAGCGGAGAAAAGAGUCGCCAGUUUACGCCUUCAAGACUCCUGUGGGAAUCUUAAGCAAAUAAAGCAGAACAUUGAUUGACUUUUAAUUUUUGUGACCUGGUAUUUAAUACCUCUUUGUGGUAACUUAGUUCCUCGAUUCAGUGCAAUAGUGACAGUUAUUAAGUUCUCUGAUUGUUACUCUGUCAUGAUAUUGACUUUGACAUCCUACUUCAAUUACUUACUCCAAACCUCGUCACAUACCUUAAAAAUUUUAAUACAGGAAUGUAAAGCUUGUGUCAAUUUGAAUUGUCUUUUAUCUGGGAUCUUAAAAGUUCUCUUUUGCCUAUUGAGGGCUAAUUAGAUUAGCGCUUCCGUUCGGUCUAUAAAAAUCUACCUGUAACGUUGAUGCUAACGACUUUUAUUUAUUUAGCAAUCGUACUUUAAUCUGUUUAUUAUCAUUUUUAGGGUUUGAAUGACAAAGGACUUUUAAAAUAGUUUAAUUUCCUUUGUAAAGAUUUUCCAUGAUUUUGGAACCAUCCAUCGAAUAAAAAUGAUGGUUCUUAAUUUAUGGAUAGCUUACUUUUUUUGUAUAUAUAAAAAACAAACAAAAAAAAAACUAAUUUUACCAAAGACUUUGAAUAGGUUACUUAAGUUACUUUAUAGUAUUAGUCUUAGCUACACCGGUACAUCCACAAGGAAUGCCCUUAUCAUCGUAAUCGUUCUCUCGUCUCUUGCAAAAGAGAUCGUGCUUUCCGGGGUUGUAUUUGAAAUUCAUUAGGGUAUCAAAGUACUCCAGUUCCUUAGUUCCUCCUCACUAACAGCAUUACAAGCUUUUAAGGAAUGUAAAUUUUGUUAAGAUCUUUUAGAUAUCAAGGAGGUGCGGCAUCGUUGAUUUUAAAUGUCUGUACUUACCUUUGAAUCAAUGGGAUUCGUACUCCAAUGCCUCUGGAUUCAUAGCGUGCGAUGGUUGGGGUAGUUACUUUCGCCCGUUCCAGUUCAUGUUUUAUUUUUAAAAUAAAAUCCUAACGGGUCAAAAUUGAAUAAAGGGUGGCAGGACCAUCGUAACUUUAAUCGCGUUUGAUUUCUUACAAAAUGAAAAAAACAGUUUUAGGAUAAUCCUAACGUUCCGUUAAAGGAUUUUCAAAUUAGUGUAAGGGAAUUUCUUUAUUCCUGAAAGCAUAAAAAUUAGUUAUGUGAUAUUUUUUUUUUAAUUGUAAUUAAUGUAAUUUAAGUCCUCUUUUAUUCGUUAUCUUGUAUCCAUCUCUUAACAUGUAGCUGCAAAUCUUUGUCAAGAAUAUUUGGUUUGCCAGCCCGCAAUUCUAAGACUGUAGUUUUUCAUAUCCUGUUACUUAUUGUGAAUAUAUGUAUUAUAAAAAAGGGGAACCCUGUUCAUACUUUGAAAUAAAAUAAAAUUUGUUUGCCAUUUUGCAAGGUCAUGUAAGAGUUUCAUAAAACUUUCAUUCUCAUAGUUGAUCAAAAAUCUUCUCCCACAAUGUGCAAUGCUGUGACUUUUUGACAAUAUGGGGUCAAAUACCUUCUUAGCCCCUUAUAAUAAUUACUUAAAGUUUUGAAUUAUCUUACAUUACCUUUGGCGUUAUGUGCAAAAGCUUACAUGUUUAUGUAUAUAAUGUGUACAAAUAAUUGUUUUAAUCUUGCAAGGGAAGUCGUUGACUUCUUUUGCGCUUUAUUCGUAAUUUAAUGUUACAUGGUUGAUGUUUUAAGUUCCUUCAUGUCGGCAGUUGGUAUGAUAAAAAUAAAUUAUUUAAAGCCAAA